CUGCUUGAGAGUGGUAAAUUAUCAUGUUGUCAAAUACGUCACUUGUCUGCUUGGAAACACUGUCCGAAAAUUGACAAACGUAAAGGUAAACUCCAAAGCGCCGAAUUUGUUCCUCAGCGGUGCGCUAAAUUUUUCAGUUGAUUCGCUAUUUGUUUAAGUUUACACAAGAUAAACUGUCUUCUAACGAUAGAAGCCUCACUAUUCAAUUCGUUCCUUCAAUGGAGGAUUUGAACGGAAACGUAAUCCAAUGGAAGAAGCUUUGGCAGCUGAUAUCGGGAAUCCACUAUGAAACACCAAAUUCCGUCGUGCGCGAUAAACUCAAUGAUGUUUCGAAGGAACUUUCGGAAGGCUUGCUGCUGUACAAGAAGGCGGGGAAAGACAAAAACUCGGAGGCAAAACUUCAAAAGACGAUGAAGGAACGCAACCAGCAGAAACUGUUACAAUUUGCCAUGAAAUUGUACCAAUAUCUGGACAUAGACGCACUGCAGGCGUGGAAUAUCCUAUGUUUCUACCUAGUGAAUGAGUACCGUGGCCCAGCGAAUGCUCUGAUGGACUUCAUUUCGACGGAAAGUUCAAUGUUGACACUGUUGAACGAUAUCUGGUCGUAUUACUCGUUGGAGCGCAUGGCUAUGCUGAAAGUUAUGAAAAAUUUACUGGAAUUCUAUUCUUCCGGAGGACAUCCUUACUCCAAGGAAUAUAAAGCUAUUAUUGAUAAGAUAGGAUUCACGAAUCUAAGGAAAUCAUGCAUCAAUCAAUUGGAGGGUUUGAUAAACGAUUCAAUGCCAGGAAGACAGAUACCGGGCGACAUUUUUAACAGUUACGCGAAAAUGGUUUCAUCAUCUGAACGGAAGCUGCGUGAAAUCAAUGAAGUUUUGCAUAUUAUACUACUGAUCAUACAUCACGACGGAAUAAGUGUGGAAGAGUUUACUCAGCUGUUCAAACUAUUUAAAAGUCAUUCAUUCGGACGUCAACAGCAAUAUUUGGACAAUAACAACGAGAAUCAUAAUGACAUGGUAAAAAGGAUUACUUACAGUGAGCUUUCGAUCAUCUACCGUGUAUUGGAUCCGUCGGACAGAGUGGACGAUGUGAAGUGGAUAGAGGGUGUUAUCAAAGCAUUGGAGAACGACUUUGUUGCGUUGCAUCAGUUUCCAGAGCAUGGGCCGCUGUUGCUUGUUUGGAUGCUGUUUAAUUUUCGAAUACAGAAUCGCUUGGAAGAUGAUGAAUUAUCAUGUCGAUAUCGCCAGUUUGGUUCCAAGGCAGUUCAACUUGGAGUUUUCGAAUAUCUUCUGGUUUUAGUUUCUCAUCCAACCUUUAAAGAUUAUAGCAUUGUCUGUCGUGUAAGUCGCAAAGCGAUUUUCAAUCAUCUUGGUUUCCUUUGCCAGUUGUUCGAUUCUGAUGGCUCCGUCGCCAAUCAUGCGAAGAUAAUAGAUCUUUUUAGUGAAUUACUGCACAGCCCUUCCAUUGCAUCGGAACUAUGCAAGAAUGAGGAUAGUCCGAUUCGCUCGUUAUUCAAUACGACUCUGGAAAAUUUCCCCAUCGAUUUUUCAUCACUGGCGAUGAUUGCCCAUGCUUUAGCAUCCGCGGGAGUAAGUCAAAAUAAAUAUGUCCUUGAUCUGUUGGAAAACCUACCCGUGUAUAGUGAGAUUUAUAAUCCCGACCGGUAUGAGUUACGCCCAUCGGCAACAAACGAAGAUGAAUUCAUACUUUCCCACGACUAUGUUCCCUUCCGAUUGAUCGGAUACAAAAUCCCUCGGGGGACCAGUGCGGUUGUGAUUGAUAAACGAACGCACACUAUCGUACACUUUCGAACAAAGUUUAACUUCUUCGAUGCUCUUCAUCACGAGAUAAAUGAGCUGCUCUCGGAUGCUCUUGCAUAUACUCAACUCAAUGAGGAACGGAUCCAUCGUAUUACGACAGGCAUUCGAUACUUAGCUGUCGCUGUGAAACGUGUUCAACAGCCUACGGAAAUCAGUUCCGAAAUGGUUCACCCGAAUGAAAUGGUCUUCGAUAUUCUGCUUAAAUUCAAAGUGAUUCAAAAUCCACCCAUUGAGCUGCUAGCGGAAUGUCUCAAUGUAUGUGCUUCUUUAGUGCCACUGUUUGAGCCGGAAAUUUACGCGAGAAUGAUCAAUCUCAAUAUUCUGCCAAUGAUGAACAAUGCGAAUCUAGAUUUCAAAGAUUAUGCCGCAGGAACAAGUUUCGAGUCUAGCUUGAUUGGUUACUAUCUUGUCAAUUUCGAAAAAAAUGCGGGAAAAUAUCGUAUCUUAUUAUCAUAUUUGAACUUUUUGAAAACAUACAGUAGGCUUGGUAAAAACAACAUUUUCGGCGUGGAGCUUCCUGGUUUGAUAUUUCUGCUGCGUGAAGUGUUUCCACAUGUUCAUUCAUGGCGAUUCGAGCAGGAAUCUGAACGACAGAAAAUAUACGUAAGCAUCCUACAGUAUUUGUUUGAGAUUCUUCAACUCAGUCCAGAGACACUUAAGACCGAUUAUGCUAGGACAGUGAUGCGAAAUGUUUGCGUGUACAGUCUGCUGGAUAUGGACAAUGGAAUGACACUGCUCAAGUUCGUAGGUGUAGGAAACGGCUAUCUGCAGUCCGUGAUGGAGAAUGAGACAAGCUGGAUGAUGGCACCGGAACAGAGCAUGAAUCAAUUGGUACAGCUAUCGAUGACAAUAUUGAUGCAAAUAUUGAGACUUAAACACGCCGUUAUUGAAGAUGAGAAAAUGCUGUCUCCAUUAGAAUCCGCCAUCUAUACUCAGCCUAAACAGAGAGACACCCUCCGUAUAAUACCCGUUGUGACCGGUUAUAUGAGCAAUAUUUUCAACAGGAGGUUACCUAUCCUGUCCUGCAGACUGCUGAGGCGUUUUUCAAUCGAGUUUAAAAUGUCUUUGUUGGCAUGCUUGGAUAUGGAGCCCGAUCAGAUCCGUUCGAUUUUCCUUCUUCGCCUAAGAGACGAUCUCGAGAGUGAUAAUUUGAAGAUUGCUGUUUUGGAAUUUGUCGAAGCUUGUAUUCACAGACAGCCCGGGCUAACGGAAGCAUUCUUCAAAGUGAAUUAUGAGAAAAAUGAAAAUCGACUCUUCUUGGGAGUAAAACCGACGAAGAAGAAGAACAUAAGUGAUGGGGUGCCGACAUACAUGGAGGAAUAUCUGGAAACCAUCUCAAACGAUCCGAAGAAACUUGCCAGUCCACUGCUCUCACGAUUCAUGUCGCUUUUCCAUGCUCUGUGGAAGAAUAAUAUUCAAGUUCUGUGCAAGGAUCUCUUAGGAAAGACAACAUUUUGGUCCUCCCUCUGCAAUCCGCUGUUCAGUAACAUAAGCGACAACAUCAAAGCAUACAGUCAGCUGUUCAACAUUCUUGGCAUAGAGCUGUUCGGAAUUGAAGGCGCGAAAAACGUCAAUGAAAAUCUUAAGAAAGUUUACGACAAAUUUUUGGAAUUUGAAGUCUUUUCCCGAUGGGUUCGGGUAGUGUUCGAGCUCCCACGCACUAGCGGUCAUAUUGAGGAUGAUUGUUCCACCGUCAGCUCAAUAACAUGCGACGAAACUCCUGAGUGGUUAAGUAGGCUACAAUCCUUUAAAGAUCUCAUGGUAUUGUUGAUAAGGAAAAGGGAUUCCGGUAUAUGCCUUCCCGAUCGUAGCAAGCGUUUUCUGGCGGAUCAUUGUCUCGAGGUUCUCCUGGAUCGAGCCGAAUAUGCUGAAGAUUUACGCCCCUUUGUGGUUCUUGCUGAGCUGUAUUUAAUUAUUCUCUCCGACUAUGAACAUAAAUACACUGAUAACACCGAACAGGAUGAGGCCAUUCUGCAAAAGAUUCAACAACUCUUAAAUGCAUUAAGUAUCAACUAUAAAGAGCUACAUGUCAGAGCGAAAGAAUCUAUACUGGGAAUAGCAAUCAAAACCAUAGAACUGCAGGCCGAUCAACUGAUCAGGAGCACCUCUCUGACUUCUAGCAUCACUCGUUCCACUGUGGACAUCGUUUGUCAAGAGAUUUUCAAUCUGGAAACUUUAGUGAAAUUUCACACAAAUCCACCUAAAUCUACACCCGGUAAAUCGCGAGAUGAAGUACCGCUCUUGUUAGCAAUAAAUUUGCUAAAAAAGCUAGUGCUGGUCUUCGAAGAGAACGAAAGUCCUGUCUCACGGUGGCAGUGUUGGUUCAUAAGAAACAAGGUCUUCCAGCGGCUGCUCAGCGUUACAAACCUAAUGCUACAGUUGGUCACCAAGAGAAAAAUAACCGUAGAAGUUCUGGAAUUACUAGUGGUUUUGGCGAAAAGUCGAUGCUCCGAAGAAUUGCUACACUGUGACAUUGGAGAUUAUCUGUGGCUGAAGCUGUUGCCACCAAAUGAUUUACUACAACGGCCGUAUGGUGUGACUCAUGAAGCGGCUCUCAAGUGGAAACCCCAAGAUUGGUGGUUGAUCUAUACAAAGGGUAUAGAACUCGUGCGUGUUCUACUUGCUAAGCACAAACAUCGUUUUUUCAAGGAGGCAAUCUUUUUCGCCGGGAUCCACGAAGAAUAUUUAAUUGAUUCCUUACUACUGGCAAAGCAGUCAAUGGAAGCAAGCGCUAUUGCAUUGAUCAAAGGAACGCUCGAACUACUUUGCGAGCUUGUCAAUUAUGAGAAAGAAUGGCGGCUGGAACAUAGCCAAAGCCUGAUUAAUUCGAUGCGAGGUGUUCAGAUACUAAUGGAUCACGCCGUUUCACUUCUGUACCGACCGAAAAUUUUGAAACGCCUCUCUGAAGGACCAUCGGCGGAUCUCUGUCAGGAACACGAUGAUCCAAACGCAGUAGACACUUCAGAUGAACUCAUAGCUGCAAUGAACAAUCUGAUCGAAAUUGUUACUCUCUGCACCAAUUGCUUGCUCAAAUUCAGCCCAAAUUUGAUCAAUCUUCUUUGUGACGUGAACUUCUCCCCCACACAAUGGUAUCCAUUGAUUGAAAUACAAUUUGGGGUGCCAAAGAUGAACGUUGAACAUUUGUCGCAGCUGAGCUUUGGAACUGUGCUAAGGGCAGUUUGCAUUUUCACAAAAGUUCUGAAUGUGCAACAUUAUACAUUCCAAGAAAUUCCGCUCAACGAACUACCAACGAUGGAACUCAGCGAAUCGGAUGAUAUCGAUGCCACAGCAUCGAAUCCGUCUCUCACCCGUCUCAACAAGUCUGCUCUCGCAUCAGUAAAUGAUUCAUCCCGUCAAUCAAGCACUCGAGUACCAUUCUCGAAAUCCCUUUCGAUGACAUCGGUUUCCAGCUUCACAUCCACGAAUGCGAUCGCACUAUCGAAUGAGCUGCUCACUCACCUCGAUUCUAAACUUUGUAUAAACGCACUAGAACUUGUACUGACCCUUCUUGCAUCUCAAAGCUUAUUAGCUCUGAAAGAUACCAACCUGUCGCAGCGAGAGAAGCAGCUCAUUAAACGGGAGCUCAGUACCGAGUUGCUUAUAUUCCAUGAUUUCGUUAAGAAACGUAUUCUCAAAGAUUCGAAAGAGAUUUUCGUGCGGAAAAAGUACGGUGCCGUGCCUAUUUACAACACCAACGAGGAUGAUGAAGAUUACGAGAACGAGAGCAGCAUCGCCAAAAGCAGUCAUCCGGUUAAAAUGAUCUCUGUGCCGCCUAAAAAACCAGACCGAAGUCAAUCGAUGCGGGUGAAUGUUGUGCGAAAACAACACCUACAGCAUGCAGCUUCUUCGACACCACUCAGUCCGAUAACGCACUCACGAAUAGAUUCGCUGGCGAAUAAAGCACUCUCGUCAACACCUGCACCCAGGGGAAUCCUCAAACCACCCAAUACGGCUUCCAUCAAACGAGUUAUGUUCGAGGAAGGAUUGGAGGGGAAGCAAAAAAUGUUUGUCCACGAAUGCCCCGAAGAUGAGCCAAUUUAUUUUGAGCCAGAGGAGAACAAAUAUACGGGCCUGUCGUACGUGCGAAUUGUCGAGGAAGACUAUUUGCACUGUCUGUCUAAUGUGUUUCUCAUAAUUUCACAAAGCGAUGGUUGAACUGUAAAUUACGAUUAAAAAUGUGUUAUCGAAAUAAAAGGAUGAGUGUUUCAA